GGACCACAAGAAGGCAGAAGACGAGCAGUGCUGAGGGAAAAAAGACCGACGAGGAUUUAAAAGAAGACAAAAGUCGCAUGGAACGUCUUUAAGGUGCUAAAAGAAGAAGAAAGUUUGAAAGUUCUUCUCGUAGACGACACAAUGUCCACGCCGCCGCCAGCAGACAACAGCCGUGAAGACGCCAACAAUCGCAGCUUCUGGAUGCCCGGCAACUACCAGCGCACGGUGAAGCGCACUGAGGACGCCUUCCAAGCGUGCAACGAAAUCGUGACGUGCUUCCAGGAGAGGGCGCGUGUGGAGCGUCAGUACGCGCAGCAGCUCAGCGAGUGGAGCGCCAAGUGGACGCCCGUGGUGGACUCCACACCUCUGUACGGAUCCCUGCUGAAGGCCUGGCAGUCUUUCCUGUCCUCCGCCGACCGCCUGGCCUCCCUGCACGCCUCCAUCUGCCGCUCGCUGGUGGCGGAGGACGGCGAGCGGGUCCGAACCUGGCAGAAGGACGCCUUCCACAAGAAGCUGUUCGGAGGCUUCAAGGAGGCCCAGGACGCCGAGGCGGGCUUUGCCCGGGCUCAGAAACCGUGGGCCAAACGACUAAAGAAGCUGGACAAAGCCAGGCGGGCGUACCACAAGGCCAGUCGUAAAGAGCACGCCGCCAGGGAGCGCGAGACCAACGCUUUGGCAAACUCGGACGUGGCCGCCGACAAGCAGAAGAAGAUCCGGGAGGACAGAGAGGUGGUCCAACAGGAGGCUGAGAAAGUCAGAGCCCGCUACGAGAAGGUUCUGGAGGAGGCCAACCGCUACGCUCCUCGCUACAUGGAGGAGAUGGAGGCCAUCUUUGACCAGUCGCAGGAUGAAGAGCGCAAGAGAAUCGUCUUCCUCAAACAAGCUUUCCUCUCCUUUGACAAGCAUCUUGAUGUCACCACUAAUGAGAGCGUGAGAGAAGUGUACAGCGAGCUGCACAACACGGUGACAGCCAUCGACGAGCAGGAAGACCUACGAUGGUGGAAGAACACCCAUGGACCUGGCAUGCCCACCGACUGGCCACACUUCCAGGAAUGGAAGCCCGAGAAGAAAAGCAAAAAAGGGAAGACGGAAGUCGAGCAGAAAGGAACGUUAGAGAAGAGCGAGGUGAUGAAGACCGGCGGCGUGAGGGUGAGGGCGCUGUACGACUACGUGGGCCAGGAGACGGACGAGCUGUCCUUCAAAGCAGGCGAAGAGUUUGUGAAGAUGGAGGAAGAGGACGACCAGGGCUGGUGUCGGGGGGUGAAGGACGGCGGCUGCGAGGGGCUUUACCCCGCUAAUUACGUAGAGGUGGUUUAGGAACAUCUGAUUCCGUCCCUGUGGAAGUCUGCUCAAAAACAUGCUGUAAAAAAAAAUGUAGCUGUUAGCCAAAGAUCUGUGAAGGUUUUUAACGUGCGGAGAUUUGAAUCGAGACGUUUAUUUUCACAAAAAGUCCGACCGCUAGUGUGCUAAACUUCAAGAUGUUUGUCGUUACAUUCCUCGUCUAACACAACCCGUUUAAAGAGUCGCUUUUCUGUCCAAAAGCGGCUAAUACAGCUCACGCUGCCGUUUUGUAAUCUCACUAAGAAAACGCAUCCCUGUGUACAUUUAUGUUGUAUUUAGUUAUAUUUCUAUAUUUUUGCAAGCCACCUUUUGAUGUGACGCUAAUCAAACACACGCUGGUUCGUUUUUUUUUGUGACAAAUUAUUAAGAUAAAUAUCGGUGCUAUUUUAAAAAGUCUUAUGUUAUUAUUAAUGUGCUUUGAUAAGAAUAUAACAGGGGUGUCCUAACUUUUUCCACUGAGGGCCACACACUGAAAAAUUAAAGCAUGCGGAGAACAUUUUGAUAUAUUUUAUUUUUUAUAAUAUAUAUAUUUUUUAUCUUUAGGGCUCCCCUUAAGUUUGGUCCCAGAUCUCAGUCAUACAGUUGUCGAAAAUAAGUCAUAUAUUAUUUUUUUUAUUAUUAUUAUUUAAUGCUUAACUCUCUUGAUCAACUUCAGGUCUACCUGUCAAUAUAAAAUAAAACAUUUGUUUUAUGUUUUUGUCAAAGAAAACCCUGUUUUUUUUAUGACAAAUAUAUUUUCCCCAAAAAUUAUUUCAAAGUGGAAUAUUUGGAGUCCUGAAUAGGUCAAUAAUUGAUUUUGAUGAAUUAUUAUGUUUUGAGCAACAACCGUUUUAUAGGGGGAAAAAAAACAACCUCCAUGUUUUUAUACAAUAAUUUCCCCCCGAAAAAAUAUUUUAAAGUGGAAUAUUUGAUGUGAAGUACCGUAUUUUCCGCACUAUAAGGCGCACCGGAUUAUUAGCCGCACCUUCAAUGAAUUACAUAUUUCAUAACUUUGUCCACCAAUAAGCCGC